AUGGGAGCCGCGGGUUCCAAGCUCGAGAAGGCUCUCGGGGAGCAGUUUCCUGAAGGCGAGAGGUACUUCGGCCUAGAGAAUUUCGGAAACACCUGUUACUGCAACAGCGUCUUGCAGGUAGGCAACCAAUCCCCUCACUCCUUCUUCCGCGUCCGGGGAAAUACCCGUUUCUCAGGCUGCGUGAUCCCGUUAUCGUUUCUCCUCGCCCUUCACCUCCUUAUCCACAGUUGAAACUUCUCUCUCCUCGUUAUCAUCAGGUUGUAGUUAUCGUAAAGGCCAGAUCCCAGCGAGCCGAACGUCCAUUAAUCGUUAUCUUUAGAUUUCAUUUCUUGCUCUUUUUUUUUCUCUACUGUGCUCGUGAUUCCUGGUGCAUUAGUUGCAUCUAUCCGUUGCUUUCCUUUCCCCUUUGGACAGCCUGCCCUCUGGGCUUUCCUGUACCAGGGAAUAAAUGGGUUCGGGGAUUUGAAAACAACAAAUCCAUCGAUAAGUGUUUCUCCAGAUUGUGUUCUUAUGGGCGAAGAGAAUCGGAAUGCUCACGAGUAUAACAACUCUGAAGUGUGUAUGUAUGAGACUGGUUGCACCUCUCCCCAUUGAUGUGGCUCAUUUGGAAGCACAGAAAGUUUUUGAACAGCGUGUGAUUAUUCUUGUGAGGUUUUUUUUUUUUUUCCAUUAGGAAUAUUUAUGGGGAAGGAAAAUAUCAGGGUGCAACUGAAGAUCCAGAGGGAGAAUGGAGAAAAGGUUUCUGUGCGUGAGCCAAGCAAGAUCCCUUUGCAGCAGCCCUUCUUAGAGCUUCCAAUGUGCUUUUUAUUCUUGGAAAAAAAAAAAAAAACGUGAUGGGCGAAGUGUGGAGGGGAGUGUUGGAUAAGUUAAUUUCCAUCUGUGAUGGCGAUUAUUAUGUGAUGAUUUCAUUCAUUGCUGUGUGUGGAAGUAAUUGCUUAUUUGCGUCUCUCUGCCCAAUCUUACUCUCAUCUCUAUUUCAUAUAAUUUCUUUUAUGGAGGUGGAGCAAUGGGAUUUGAUGGCAUUCAGCUGGGGUUAGAUGAAACUCAGAUUUUCCUUGAGGAAUGAAAAAAAUUCCCCAUCUGAAUGAUCUUAACAAGAUGGUGCUUAUGAUACAACAUUCAGUUCCUUGUUUGGUCAUCUAGUUUGGUCUGACUGGAAGGAGGGUUGAGGUUUUCAGUUAUGCCCACCUACUAAAGAGAGAAAAAAUGGAUGCAGCAUGUGGAUCAAAAGAUCAGCCUCCAAUGUAAUGUUGAUCAUAAAAUGCACGCUCUCAUUGCUAAGAUCAAUCAUUGGUGGGCUGUCAGUAUGUAUAGAUCUCUGAACUCCAUUGGAGGCACGAUCAGGUGUUGACGAUUGAAGUCAUAUUUGUAUGCAUAUUUGACGAUUGAAUUCCCUGUCUUAUUCCUUAGGAAUACCCAUCAUGAGCAUCAGCCAGUUUUAAUAGCCUGAUAUACCCAUACUCAGCGUCCAUUAGUUUUUAUGAAUAUCUGAACUUGCAUUAUCACUAUUGAACAGUUUUCCGUCACUUUGUUGUGAAUACAACCUGGUUAAUAUUCUCAAAAUUGCCUCCAAACUUCUUUCAAAAAAUUUGUCUAACUUUAUCACAUUAUUAUCAGUACCGAUUUUAUCUCCAAAAGUCUACUAUUUAAUAGAUAUACGUCUAAUACAGCCAAAGUUUGAUUUCAACUCAAUCAUGUCAAACGACGGCUAUUUAAUGUGGAUCAGGUUUGGCGUGGUUUUCUUCAUCAUCUGGAAGCCGAUUUUUAAAUAAGGAAAAUUCUGUGAAAUUAUGAUACUCAUCUAUGGGAAUUCCAUGGUACAAACAUAAUGGCGGAUUGAUUUAACCCUGCUUCUCCAAUCCAUCAAAAUGAUUUGUGGAAGGUGAAAAUGAUCAUGGAACUAGUGGCAGCUGGGGUCAGAUGAUCUGGUUAUUGCGCAAACUAUGUAAACCAGGAAAUUGAGAUUAUAAGAUUCAGUGACACCACGCAAAAGCAUGGCUUUUAGCUUUUCUCCAACCUAGAUAGUUCACAUUAUAGCCGGAAGGAAGUGGUGGACUAGGAAGAAGGGAGAGAUUUGGAAGGGGGUUAGCGAGGGGCCAGCUAGACGAGGAUCAGGGGACGCAGUAAUGCCUGGAAGAAGAGGGGGAAGAAGAGCAGGAUGGGUGGGAAGGAGUGAGGGUGGUGCUGUGAUAUGACUUUCAGGCGUGGACCUGUGCCAUAUAUAAUCACGUUGACCUUCAUUUCGAAUCUCGAGCUUGAGGAAGCCUGCAUUGGGUGGGCUAUGGGCUUACCCCACUCGUUGACCUCGACCCCCACCCCCUCCUCACCCCAAUAAGACUUGUAAGAUUUACACUAUCUUGGUGUAACACAUCAUUAUCCACAUUUAUUCUAGAGCUCAUUGAAGUCUUCCAUGCACAUCGCUUUCUGCUUAUCUUUUUUUUUUUUUCAAUCUAUAUGUGGUGCUAUGAACCCUCAGUAUGUACGUAUAUUAUUCUUUUUUUGUAAAUCAUUAGCUGUAAAUAUUAGUCAUGCAGCAACUACCAUUAUAAGAUUGCUUUAAAUUGAUGUGUAUCAAGUGUUGACCUAUCUAAUUCAGGGUGUUUUACUAUCGAACAGGCUCUAUAUUUUUGUGUCCCAUUCCGGGAACAACUGCUUGAAUAUUAUGCAAGCAACAAGAGUGCAGGAGAUGCAGAGGAUAACCUUUUGACUUGCUUAGCUGAUCUGUUUUCUCAGGUAAUCCCUCCAUCUUGAAUACUAUGAGAAAAUAUCCAGAUAUUCGCCUGCCAAUAUUGUUUACUCAUUGACGUGGAAUGCAUUACGAAACCUGUGAUCUCCAAAGCUCUGCAUGUUUCUAUGUACAGCAUGUAUUUUCCGUGAGUUUUCCCCUUCUUUGCUAAACCCACAGACAUGGAAGAACAUGUCAAUGUUCCUUGCUAAACCCACAGACAGGUGGUCCUUGCUAAACCCACAGACAUGGAUUUAACAAGGACCACCUGGGUAUUAUCUUAAUCUGGAGGCUUUGGUCAACCCCCCCGUGGCAAAUUCCUUCUCUAGAUCUGACCUGGAUGCUCUUUGGAUCCCACGAGAAAUGGAUUACCCUGCUGGUUUUCUUCUUCCUUCCUCUGCUAAAUAAUGUCAUCGUUUAGAGUUGUUCUCCUGAUUGACAAAAUGGAUGACUUCAGAACCUCUGCUACGUUGACUUUAUUGCUUGCUGGAAGGGGAGUGUUGUCUUCCAUGGCAAUGCAUCGUUUCAGUUCUACAGCGGAGCAAUCUUCUUGGUGCCAACUAAUCUAUGGGUUUUUCGUCUUGUCCAGAUUAGCUCCCAGAAGAAGAAGACGGGGGUCAUCGCUCCCAAGCGAUUCGUACAGAGGGUGAAGAAGCAGAACGAGCUCUUCCGAAGUUACAUGCACCAGGUAGCUCUGCCGCUUGGUACUCUUUGAUGUGCCCUCGAUCACACGUCUGCUUUUCUACUUUUGUCCUAUGACUUCUCAGAGUCUUUUCCACCAUGAAGCCAGCAUCGAAGCUCUAGUUACUUCUGUGGGCCUCUUGCAACUUGUCAACGGUUUCUUGCAAAGAUUAAGAGAGAGAGAGAGAGAGAGAGAGAGAGAGAGAGAGGAGAGAGAUUUCCAUCCUUUCAAGAACAUAGUUUGUUCAUAUUUACUUCUGUGGGCCUCUUACAACUUGCCUACGGUUUCUUCCAAAGAUUGAGAGUGAGAGAGAGAGAGAGAGAGAGAGAGAGAGAGAGAGAGAGAGAUUUCCAUCCUUUCAAGAACAUAGUUUGUUCAUAUUUAUUUUAUGUAUAUGGCAUCUGAUACUGAUGGCGUCGGAAGCCCCAGGGGGAGGAAUGACGGCUGUUGGAUAGGGAAGAGAGGGAGGGGAGCAAUAGAUAUCUUGGGGUUCUUCGGCUCAGAUUCUUUUAUUUCUAGAGAGAGGAAAUGCCAGAGGAAGUUGGGCUCCAUGCGAAGACGAGCGGAUGCUUCUAUACAUAGUCACUGUACCACAGCUCUCUGGAUCGUCUUGCUGAAACUAAAUCAGUCCGUUGACAUUCAUGCAGGAUGCCCAUGAAUUUCUGAACUUUCUGCUGAACGAGCUCGUUGACAUCUUGGAGAAGGAGUCAAAAGCCUCGAAGGCCUCUCCGGAAACAUCAUCUUCAUCGGAGAAGACCGCCAACGGAGCUCGCACUUCUCCGGCAAAUGGCGUCAAAGAAGAGCCGCUGGUCACCUGGGUCCACAAGAACUUUCAGGUGAGCCGUUCUCUGACUAAGGUGGCGGCGCCGCUCCCCCUUUGAUUGAACUGCUGAAGAGGGUUCGAUCUUAAAAACCUGCAGGGGAUUCUGACCAACGAGACGAGGUGCCUGCGGUGCGAGACUGUGACGGCGAGAGAGGAGACUUUCCUGGAUCUGAGCCUGGAUAUCGAGCAGAACAGCUCGAUCACCAGCUGUCUGAAGAACUUCAGCUCGACUGAGACCUUGAACGCCGAGGACAAGUUCUUCUGCGACAAAUGCUGCAGGUUAGAGACGUUCCCUCUCGGUCUCCCGGGUGGGGACGAGGCGUUGACUUGGGCCGUUAACGAACUCUCUCUCUCUCUCUCUCUCUCUCUCUCUCUCCGCAGUUUGCAGGAGGCGCAGAAGAGGAUGAAGAUAAAGAAGCUUCCCCACAUUCUGGUGAUCCACCUGAAGCGGUUCAAGUACAUCGAGCAGCUGGGGCGGUACAAGAAGCUCUCCUACCGGGUCGUCUUCCCCAUGGAGCUGAAGCUGAGCAACACCGUGGACGACGCUGACUCGGAGUACUCCCUCUCCGCCGUGGUGGUCCACGUGGGCAGCGGCCCCAACCACGGGCACUACGUCAGCCUGGUGAAGAGCCACAGCCACUGGCUCUUCUUCGACGACGAGAACGUGGAGAUGAUCGACGAGUCCGCCGUGCAGACUUUCUUCGGCUCCUCCCAAGAGUUCUCUAGCAACACCGACCAUGGGUACAUCCUGUUCUACGAGAGGGUGAGUCUUUGA